GACCCUCUAGACAGCACGAACACGCCCGCAGAAGAUACGCGUUGGGAGAAUAUGACAAAAUUCUUCGCGCAGCUUACUGCUGUGUCCAAGCACGCUGAUUUCUCUCUCUGGGCUUGGUUUGCUCUGCGCGAUGCGUUUGGGCCCUGGAAAAACACAACAUCGCCUACAGAUGCUGCAGUACGGGCGGCAUGCUUGUGGUAUAUCUAUGCAGGAAAAAGCUUA